UAAUCGUCUAACCAUAAUUAUGAGGAUCAUAAACUUUCGUAUCAUAAUAAUAUUAUGCGCGCUCCUCACUUUCCUGUGGAUUUGUCUGACAAGUCUGCCUCGAGACCCACAACCAGUGAUAACACAAAAGAAAGUUGUGAAUCGGACUACACGGCUGGUCAACCACAGUCAUAGUCAACGUUUAAUGGCCAAGGACACAUAUCAGACGAUAACGGGGGCAAAACAACGCAAAGAUCCGUUGUGGCAGCGCAUCUUGCAGGGAUCACGUCUAUUGCUCGGUUCCAGCUAUAGUAGCGGCCGGACUGGUGUUCAAUAUGUGUUAGGCGUGCCCACUGUACACCGUGUGGGUGAGAAUUAUUUGUUGGGGACAGUAGCUCAUUUGAUAGAGAAAUUAAGCGACAACCAGCGGAACAAUUGCCUGCUUGUGAUCUAUAUAGGCGAGACGGACAGUCAAAUUGUGGAAUCUAUAUGGGAAGAGAUAAGCGACUCAUUCGGCGACCAUUUGGAUGAUGGCCUGAUUGAUGUCAUAUCGCCGCCAACUAAUUACUAUCCGGACUUUAAAUCGCUCUUUAUAACACUGCACGAUGAUCCUAAUCGCGUGCGUUGGCGCACUAAACAGGUCCUGGACUAUAUGUACCUGAUGACAUAUGCAAGCAGUCGUGGCAGCUACUAUCUACAACUGGAGGAUGAUAUCGAACCGACUGUCGGAUAUUUGGAUUAUAUUAUCCAUCUAAAGGGAUUGCAUACACACUUUCGUCUGGACCAUAAUCGUGGCUGGAUUGUUUUAAGUUUCUCGGAGCUGGGUUUCAUUGGCAAGCUUUUCCACGUGGAUGAGAUCAAACCAUUUUUAGCCCAUGUGCAGAAUUUUUACAAUGAUCAACCCAUUGACUGGCUGUUGUAUUCCUAUGUGAAGUUACGAAGUUGCCCCUGGGACAGUUUGAAUACUCCGGACUGCGAGCGCGAUUUUUUCAUGAACUAUAUACGCGCCGCCCAGUCUCAAUUUCAGCACAUUGGCGUAGAGUCCUCUCUGCGUUCCAAGGAGCAAAAACUUCGCGACGAGAAAUACGAACGGAAUUCGGGGGAGCAACGUAUGGCUCAUCUGCGACGGCCGAUCAACUUGGUAGCCUCUCACACGCACACGUUUCUGCAGGAUAGAAGACAUUUUGAACCUGGCGAGACCUUCAUGUGGAGCUACGUGCCGCAGGUCUCCUUGUUAAUGCGUUACCUGCUAAGUCACUUAAAAGAUUUCUGUCAGAUUAAAAUUGGAAGUGAUCACGGCGGAAAUGAUAAUUUUAGUGAACUGACUGUACAUUUAUUCAAAAAUCCGCCCAUUGUAAAUGAAUCAGAGACGCGACGUGUUGGUUUCCUUCUAAGUUACACUCAUCAGGCUGAGACAUGGUAUCCACAUAUAUUGUACUUUUAUAUGACGGAAAACGCAAUGGACAGUAAUGAAACCGCUUGGAUUGAACGCUUUAAUUGGACCAAUAAAGGAACUUCAUUGCAUAUAGAUCUGUGUAUGAAAAUUUGGAUUUUACUGUGGUGUCUGUCAUGAUUUAAACUUUUAUAAAAAAUGAAUACCUCGAGGGCAAGCCUUCUUAAUUAUAGUGAUUUGCAGGCUCUAUAAUUCCA